CCUGUGUGUGUGUGUGUGUGUGUGCUACAGUGUUUAAUUAACCUGUGUGUCUGCGUUUGCUACAGUGUUUAAUUAACCUUUGUGUGUGUGUGAGUGCUACAGUGUUUAAUUAACCUGUGUAUGUGUGUGUGUGCUACACUCUUUAAUUAACCUGUGUGUCUGCGUUUGCUACAGUGUUUAAUUAACCUGUUGACCAGGACUGAGGCCUCUCUUUCGACUUCUGGGAAAUCGGUAUGCAAAAGAGAUGACUGUGAAGAUGAGAUAAGAGGCUAAAUGCUACAAUUGUGUUUUAGGAAAGGUUAUCUGUUUGAAUAUUGAAAUGAGGCUGACUGAGCUGGCUGAUCCUCUGUCUCACUCUAGGAUUCAGCCUCAGUACUGCCUGUCUGCAUUGGGGGACACGCUGGAUUUCUGAAUUUCUCUUGACUGUGAGAUGAGCCUGGCUGUGCUUCUGACACUGGCGAUCGGCUGCAUGCACUGUGCAGGGGUGUGCGGUGCAGCGGGGGAGGACCUGGUGCUCUUGGGACAGAGGCUCACUCAGGGAUACGUGAAGAGGUUUCGCCCAGUGUUGCACUGGGACCAGCCCGUGACUGUCUAUCUGGACCUUUCCCUCUACUCCAUCCUGGACCUGCAGGAGAAGGAGGAGAAGCUGACAUUGCAGCUGCUGUUUGGUCAGAGAUGGCAGGAUGAGUAUCUCUCCUGGGAUCCUUCCCAGUUCGACGGACUCUCUCAUUUCACACUCCCAGCCUCCAGUGUCUGGACCCCCGAUGUCACCAUCAAAGAGGCGUUGAGUGAGAAGACGAGCGUGGCAGUCCCCUAUGUCUCUGUGACUCCGCAGGGCUGGGUGCGUCUCUCUCAGCCCCUCGUCGUGGUGCUCCGGUGCAGCCUGGCCAUGUUCCGGUUCCCCUUCGACAUCCAGAAGUGCAACAUCACCUUCGGACCGAGCUUGCACACAGUGGAUGAUGUGAAGAUUGCCCUGGAGAGACAUGCUUCUGCUGUUUUCAAUGAAAGUCAAUCAUUUAGCAGCCAUGGCGAGUGGGAGCUGCUGUCUAUCCAGACAUACAGCUUCAAUGAAACGAUGGAGAACAGGACCUACUCCAGGAUCGCUUUCGAGGUGGUGAUGGGCCGCUGCCCGAUGUUCUACGUGGUUAACCUGAUUGUGCCGAGUGCCUUGGUCAUGCUAAUCGACCUGGUGGGGUUUGGCAUCCCUGCGGAGAGCGGCGAGAGGAUCCCCUUCAAAGUCACACUGCUGUUCGGGUACACCGUCUUCCUCGUCCUCGUCAACGACAUCCUCCCCCCCUUCAAACAUGCCACACCUGUGCUAGGGAUCUAUUUCGUGGUGUGUCUGGCAUUCCUGGUGCUCAGUGUGGCAGAGUCGGUGUUGCUGUUGGCCCUGGUGAAACCGCACAUGCCUAACAAAGCCCUGCCUCUUCCCCGUCUGGCUGCACUUCUCUUCCCUGACUGGAAACGAGGGGGUGGGCCUGAGACACAAGAGAGAGGAGACGAGACGCCCCUGCACAGGGAGGCCACGAGUGAGAUCCACACAUUUCUCAGCACUGAGAAGGAGCCUUGGUCAGGAGGGGAGCUGCUGGACGCUCUGCGCGAGGUGGAGGCGGAGGUCCGGGAGGUUGGGGCGGAGGUGAGACUGACCCUGGAGCGAGGCCGAACACACAGAGCCUGUCUGGAGCUUAUGGACACACUGGACACACUCUGCUUCUGUGUGUACCUCACCCUGAUGGCUGCCUUUGUCCUCGCCAUCACAGGGCUCUGGCUCUGGGGACACGAGCACUACUAGCUGGGAGCCAGGCUUCCUGCACAAAAUCUCAGUUUGGUUUCACACUGGUGUUCACUGCAUCCAGUAAUUGCAUUUAUGAUAGGGUGCUGUAAAGCAGCUUUAGUUUUAUUCUGUAUCUGCAAGUCAGAUACAUAUAUCUAUUUUUUGAUUAUUAUUAUUAUUUGUUUAUUUAGCAGAUGCCUUUAUCCAAGGCGACCUACAGAGACUAGGGUGUGUGAACUAUGCAUCAGCUGCAGUCACUUACAAUUACGUCUCACCCAAAAGACGGAGCACAAGGAGGUUAAGUGACUUGCUCAGGGUCACACAAUGAGUCAGUAGCUGAGAUGGGAUUUGAACCGGGGACCUCCUGGUUACAAGCCCUUUUCUUUAACCACUGGACCACACAGCCUCCUGAUACUGUCGGUAUCAGUGAGUCUUAGUUAGAGUGCUAUUGUUUUAAUUUCUUGAUUAAUCGUCUGGAUCAGUGGUUUUCAACCCCAGUCCUGAGGAUGCCGUGUCUGCUGGUUUUCAUUCCAACUGAGCUCUCAAUUACUUAAUCAGACCCUUCAUUGAACUGAUAAUUUGCAUAAUUAAACCUUUUUGCAGUUGCAGAUUUCAAGUUAGCAAUAACAUUUUAUAAGUAACUUGAACUCUGCAAAGGUUUAAGAGCUGAAAACAAUUAAACAUAUCUAAUUAAGCAAAUGAUCCGUUUAAUUAAGGAUCUAGUUAAGUAAUUGAGAGCUCAGCUGGAAUGAAAACCAGCAGACAGAGGGGGUCCCCAGAUUUUUCCCAUUAUAAAUUUUCCAGUUUCUGGGUGCAGUCAGGUUUUUAGCGAGUACUCUCGGGUGCAGUCAGGUUUUUAGCGGGUACUCCCGGGUGCAGUCAGGUUUUUAGCGAGCACUCUCGGGUGCAGUCAGGUUUUUAGCGAGCACUCCCGGGUGCAGUCAGGUUUUUAGCGAGCACUCUCGGGUGCAGUCAGGUUUUUAGCGAGCACUCUCGGGUGCAGUCAGGUUUUUAGCGAGUACUCCCGGGUGCAGUCAGGUUUUUAGCGGGUACUCCCGGGUGCUGUCAGGUUUUUAGCGAGCACUCCCGGGUGCUGUCAGGUUUUUAGCGGGUACUCCCGGGUGCAGUCAGGUUUUUAGCGAGCACUCUCGGGUGCAGUCAGGUUUUUAGCGAGUACUCCCGGGUGCUGUCAGGUUUUUAGCGGGUACUCCCGGGUGCAGUCAGGUUUUUAGCGAGCACUCUCGGGUGCAGUCAGGUUUUUAGCGAGUACUCCCGGGUGCUGUCAGGUUUUUAGCGAGCACUCCCGGGUGCUGUCAGGUUUUUAGCGAGCACUCCCGGGUGCAGUCAGGUUUUUAGCGGGUACUCCCGGGUGCUGUCAGGUUUUUAGCGAGUACUCCCGGGUGCAGUCAGGUUUUUAGCGAGCACUCUCGGGUGCAGUCAGGUUUUUAGCGAGCACUCUCGGGUGCAGUCAGGUUUUUGUUUUCUUUUUGCACUGCCCUGUUUUUCAUUUCAUCUGUUGCAAAAGUGUGUAAUUAAGGGGAUGUAAUUAAAUGUGUGUAACGGGGCUCUGUGUUGAAAAGAGUGGCAAUGCAACAACUGGGUUCAUCCUGAGUCUAAACAAGAACACUGUCCCUUAACCUGUGAUCAUUGUAUUAUAACAAUAUAUUAAUGCAACAACUGGCUUUAUCCUAAGUCUAAACAAGAACACUGACCUUAACCUGUGAUCAUUGUAUUAUAACAAUAUCUUGUACAGAGGGCUUGAAGUGAGGGGAACAAACCCAGAAUUACAUUUAACACCGCCUGUUCUUUACAUUUUACAAACUGAGCUCAAACAGUAACGUUUACAUGACUAGACCAUUCACAACACAUUCCUGUUUAAUAUAAGGUUCGUGCUCAAAGAGCCAGCUUCCCAACAUUCCGGUAUGUUUAACAUACCUUUCUCAAUGGAAAGUGCGUUUGAACAGUGGUGGUACUUAUAGGCUUUUGAUGCCAUGGUAGCUACACUCACUUAUUUCUAUUUAAAUCUAUUAAUGUGUUUGCGAUGUAAUUUAUGACAUACCAAUAGCUAUUGAUGUAAUGAUCUGCUAUUCCUUCCUACUUAAACCUUCAGGCAUCGUGGUAUUAAGUCUAUGUAUCCAUUUAUCCUUCAUUCUUCUAUACUGCACACUAUCUGAUUGUAUUAGUUCUAAAACUGUUCU